UCUAUUCUACUAAAAGACAAUUCUAGUUUGUCCGUUUCUUGCUCCAUUUCAGAUUCCGGCAGCAGUGCCAGUGUGUCGCCAAGUUCCAGCAGCAGUGCCAGUGUGUCGCCAAGUUCAAGCAGCAGUGCCAGUGUAUUGCCCAGUUUCAGCAGUAGUGCCAGUGCGUCUGACAGUUCCAGCAGCAGCGCUAGUGUUUCCGAAUCCGUAAGUUACAGCAGCAGCGUCAGUGUGUCUGAAAGUUCAGGCAACAGUGCCAGUGUUUCAGAGUCCCUUGGUUCCAGCAGCAGCGCUAGUGUUUCAGACACCGUAAGUUCAAGGAGCAGUACCAGUUUGUCUACAAUUCCUAUGAAGAGUACAUCUCCGUCAGUGAGUCAGACCAUCUCUGCAUCAAAAACUACAACUCCAGCUCCAACAACUUCUUCCAGCAUGAGUGAUGCCACCCCUAUGUGUAUUUGUCCUUGUGGUUCUACUUCAACGAGAUCACAAAGUACUUCCUCACUAUAUCAUUUAACGAGUAGUGCAAUCAGUACAUCCAGCACCUCUGACCAGAGUCCUCCAUCUUCCUACAUCUUAACGACCGCUGCAACCACUACAUCACAAAGUAUUCCGUUGCCAUAUGAUUCAACGAGUGGUGCAACCAUUACAUCCAGUACUUCUGGCCAGAGUUCUCCAUUCUCCGACAGCUUAACGACCGCUGCAACCAAUACAAGUAGUGCCUCUGCCUCUUUGAGCUCCUCUGUAUGUUAUUGUCCCUGCAGCACCACAUCUUCGACAUCUUACCUGUCGUCUUCUUCCAGUAUGAGUGAUGCCACCCCUAUGUGUAUUUGUCCUUGUGGUUCUCCUUCAACGAAAUCACAAAGUACUUCGCUGCUAUAUCAUUCAACGAGUAGUACAAUCAGUACAUCCAGCACCUCUGACCAGAGUUCUCCAUUCUCCGACAGCUUAACGACCACUGCAACCAAUACAAUCAGUACCUCUGCCUCUUUGAGCUCCUCUGUAUGUUACUGUCCCUGCAGCACCACAUCUUCGACAUCUUACAUGUCGUCUACAGUAAUUGCUGUGCAAUCCACUGUAGCUACAACAACUCCAGCUCCAACAAUUGUAUUAGAAGUGACAAUCGAUGGAAAUCAAACAGAGUUUGUAACGAUAGGGGACAAUAUGCAGCUGACCUGCCGGUAUAAUGCUUCACCACCAGUGUCUGAAGUACUGUGGAAAAUAAAUGGGACUGUUAUAGCACGAAAUACAAGUGUGGAGAUAAAUGACUCAAGAAUAACUAUUCCACAUUACAAUGAAACCCAACUUCAGCUGAAAAUUCUUAACACUACCUCACAAGAUGCUGGAAAUUACACCUGUGAUGUUGCAAAUGGUGUUGGCAACUCAUCCGAUACGAUUGCAAUUGUUAUUGAAGGAUUAUCAAGAGCCACUGUGUCGCAACUGUUAAUGUAAAUGAUUUCAUGACUGUACGCGAGGUACAAUGAAUGAUAUCAUGUGUAAGUAAAUACCUUAAAGACGGUGCCUACUAAAUACAAAGGUUUUUGCGUCAGGUUAGGACCAUGCG